UAUUUUCUCAUAAUAUACCAAUUUUACUGGGUUAAUACUGCGAAUAGGGGAAAACCGUGUAGAAAAAAGGGACCAGCGAUUCAAGAAGUGCAUCUGCCCGUCAGCGAGGCUUCUGGUUUCCGGCCCCAUCUCUCUCCGCAUCAAUAUACGUACAUUUGUGAAUUUGGUUGAGAGAGAUUUGUUCAAAUGGCCAAGGAGUCAAGACCCAGGAAAUUAUCCGUAUACCUCUACAUUCCGAACAUCAUUGGAUACAUAAGAGUUCUUAUGAACUGCUUUGCCUUUUACAUUUGCUCUUCAAACAAAAAGCUUUUCUCAGUUCUGUACUUCAUAAGCUUUGUCUGUGAUGCCUUGGAUGGUUGGUUUGCUCGCAAGUUUAAUCAAGUUUCGACCUUUGGAGCCGUUUUGGACAUGGUGACAGAUAGGAUUAGCACUGCUUGUCUACUGGUAAUUCUCUCCCAAGUAUAUAGGCCUGGCUUAGUUUUCUUGUCAUUACUGGCUUUGGAUAUUGCCAGCCAUUGGUUCCAAAUGUAUAGUACAUUCUUGGCAGGCAAAGCUAGCCAUAAAGAUGUAAAAGACAGCACUAAUUGGCUAUUCAAGGCAUAUUAUGGAAAUCGAAUGUUUAUGGGUUACUGUUGUGUUGCAUGUGAGCUGCUUUACAUAACUCUAUUUCUUCUGGCAAAGAACCAGAAUGAGAAUCUGACCAAGAUUGUAAUGGAGGCUGCCAAACAGAACUCAGCUCUUGCAGUUCUACUAGUGUUACUUUUGGUUGGAUGGGCAAUCAAGCAGGCAGUAAAUUUUAUACAGAUGAAGACAGCGGCAGAUCUUUGCGUGGAUUACGACAUCAACAAAAAGCAUAACGCAUAAAACUUGAACUGAGAAAUGUCCCCACAGCAAGCUUGCUUCA